CCGCGUGAAAAGAGGAAUCUCUUAGCCGGCAGCCCGAGGGGCCGCCCGCCAGUAACUGCCCGGGCGUGGCGGGGACCAGCGAGCUACUUCACAUCAUCAUUCGGCGACUCGACUUUUGCGGCGACGCCGGCAUUCAGACCUUCGGGUCCCGCCCCACUCUCGAAGGUCCCGCCCCUUCCCUGGGGGGCUGGAAGGCGGAAGGCGGAGUCGCAAUCCCGGGGCCCGCCCGGGAGGGCCAAGUCCCAACCCCAGCGUAGUCCUGGACAGGGGCAGAGUUCCUGACCUGCCGCCCCAGUCCGGGGCGCGCCGCCGUCCAGCGCUCAGCGUUCAGCGUUCAGCGGCCCCUCUGCGGGGCGUCGUCCGUGCCCGCACCGGCCGUCGGGGGACAGUAGCUGGCGGUGCUGGCAGCCUGGAGGAUAUUUCUACAUCUUGAAGCAAAAGCAAACAUCUCCUUUGGAAUACAUGGAUUUUUCCCCCUAGUCUCUGAACUAAAGCGACUCAAUGUCUCUUUUGGAUUGUUUCUGUACUUCAAGAACACCAGUUGAGUCACUCCAGCCUGAAAAGCAGUCUAAAUCUGGUAUUCAUCAAUAUUUGGUUGAUGAGCCAGCUCAUUGCUGGCCGCCUCUGUCCACUCAGGCCAGUGAAGCGAUCUGCUCCACCCAUGCUUCACACUAUGAACUUCAAGUGGAAAUCGGGAGAGGAUUUGACAACCUGACUUCUGUCCAUCUUGCACGACACACCCCUACAGGAACACUGGUGACUAUAAAAAUCACAAAUCUGGAAAACUGCACUGAAGAACGCCUGAAAGCUUUACAGAAAGCAGUGAUUCUAUCCCACUUUUUCCGGCAUCCCAAUAUUACAACUUACUGGACAGUUUUUACAGUUGGCAGCUGGCUUUGGGUUAUCUCUCCAUUUAUGGCCUAUGGUUCAGCAAGCCAGCUCUUAAGGACUUACUUUCCUGAAGGAAUGAGUGAAAUUUUAAUAAGGAACAUUCUCUUUGGAGCAGUGAGAGGACUGAACUAUCUGCACCAAAAUGGGUGUAUUCACAGGAGUAUUAAAGCCAGCCAUAUCCUCAUUUCUGGUGAUGGCCUAGUGACCCUUUCUGGCCUGUCCCACCUGCAUAGUUUGGUUAAGCACGGACAGAGGCAUAGGGCUGUGUAUGAGUUCCCACAGUUCAGCACAUCAGUGCAGCCGUGGCUGAGUCCAGAACUGCUGAGACAGGAUUUACAUGGAUAUAAUGUAAAGUCGGACAUCUACAGCGUCGGGAUCACAGCAUGUGAGCUGGCCAGUGGUCAGGUACCUUUCCAGGAUAUGCCUAGGACUCAGAUGCUGUUACAGAAACUAAAGGGUCCUCCUUAUAGCCCAUUGGACAUCAGUAUUUCCCUUCAGUCAGAAUCCAGAAUGAAAGAGUCCCGAUCAGGUAUAGACUCUGGAAUUGGAGAAAGCGUACUUGCCUCCAGCGGAACUCACACUGUAAAUAGCGACAGAUUACAAACACCAUCCUCAAAAACUUUCUCUCCUGCCUUCUUCAGCUUGGUACAGCUCUGUCUGCAACAAGAUCCUGAGAAAAGGCCAUCAGCAAGCAGUUUAUUGUCCCAUGUUUUCUUCAAACAGAUGAGAGAAGAAAGCCAGGAUUCACUGCUUUCCCUGCUGCCUCCUGCUUCCCACAAGCCGUCAUUACCUCUGCCUCUAGCAACACCAUGGACUCAACUGGAGUGUGAGUCUCCUGAUGAAAAAGACUGGGAAUUCUAGGGCUGCUGGAUUCUUUUGUCCUACAUACUUGACACUUUUCCCCUGCUGCUUUUUAUUCCAUAUUGCUAGGGUACAAAUAACUAGAAUUAUACUUGAAAAUGCAGUUGGGUACACUGGCAAAUCCAUCAGUUAAAACCACUAUGUUCAAAGGAGCAUAGCUGAUAGCCCUUUGGUCAGCUCAGCCUCUUAUUUUAACUCCAGGGAAACUCCAGAAUUGUUCCCCUAGCUGUACUUAGUGCCACCCAUUCUCAUUUUUUUUUUCCCCCAAGCUGUGACUAACUCCUCUCCUUGAUUUUUUUGGUCUGAUUACUGAGCCAGUUAGUGUUUGUAUUUUCAGUCAAACCCUCAGAGGACACUGCAUUGAAGUGCAUUCUUCUCUUCCAGUGUCUCAGCCAUUCUCAUCAGCUCCUGUGAGACAGACUAGCUCAUCCUGUCACUGAACUCCAUGUUUCUCUGUUAAAAGGGAAAUGUUUGUAUUUUCCCACUUUUCAUCUGCUAGUAAUUAACACAAAUCAAACUGAGCCUCACUCACAUUAAAUGAUUCACUUGAAAUAUAUAGAAAAGUCAUUUUCUUUUUUUUUAUUUUUAAGGGGCUAAAGCAACACUUUUCUACUAAUGUAAAUUAUGGACCCUAAAUUCAUGUACCCUGUGGGAACUCAGUAAAGCUUUAUUGAAUGGA